AUUCUUUCGAGCGCCUUCCUCCCCCCUCCUUCCCGUCUCUCAAACCCUAAUUUUUCCUGUAAGAUCUCCAGGCCUCCUUGUCAUCGUCGUCGUACGAGGAGGAGGAGGCCUUCCACAUCCUACCCGCAUUCAUUGGAUGGCGCUGCGCAAUCGCACCUAGAGACGCUACCUCAAUCUAUUGCGAUACCCUCCGGCGGCAGCGCUGGUGUCUUCGCCUUCCUAUGCUUCGCUCCUCGCUCCAUCACCUGAUACCGCUUCCUCAAGCAGAUGCUGGAUGAGAGGGACUCGGCCGCCCGUUGCCUCUCCUGCUUCGAUAACGCCGAAGGCAGCGGCGUGGAUGGGUUUUCUAGGGUUGACAUAGAAAACGAGGCGGAGGCCCUCGCCAGCCACAAGAAGUCCGUCCAGAAACUCCUGACGGAGCUUGAGGAGGAGCGGAGCGCCUCGUCGUCUGCGGUCACCGAGGCGAUGUCGAUGAUUUUGCGGGUCCAGCGCGAGAUGGCGGGGGCGUAGAUGGAGGCGCGACAGUUCCGGCGCCUCGCGGAGGAGAAGAUGGCCCAUGACCAGCAGGAGAUCGCCGCCGUCGACGAUAUCCUCUUCAAACGCGACCAGGCUGUGCAAGCCCUAACCUGCGUGGUCCAAGCAUACCGCCACCGCCUCCUCAGCUACGGAAUCGGCGUCGAUGAGUUCGACACGCCUCCUUCGGGACCGCAAACACCUGGCACGGCCACCGCAACGCCCACUUGCACCUCCGGUUCCCAAUUCGACGCAUACCCGGCAUUGCGAUGCGCUGACGAUUCCGCCACCGACCUCGACAAGUACCCCUCCGUGGAGACCCCUCGUGCCGCUGAUUCACCCCGCGAUUCAUUUCUCCAUCGCAACUUCCAGCUGGAGCGAGUGCGAAGCGGCAGUUUUCGCAUUUACAAGGACACAGUAGUUUCAGUGAGGCUGUCUCCGCGUCGGCAGUGGAGCUAUCUGAGGAGCUUAUCCUACAGAAGCUUAACCUCCCACGUCGAACACCCGGUCGACUACGCAUCCGACUAUCCGACUGCGGUGCGAGGUACGACAUUAGCGACAGAGUCUACACCGUGGAAGCCGUCCAUGGAGCGAGAGAGAACUUCGUGAGCAGGCCGAGAGAACUCCAUGGCAGCACAGGAAUCGAGGAUGAGCCGCAAAAAAGGGAAUUUAAAAGACUUGACACGAGGUUGCAGGCGGUCGAGGUGGAUAGGGAGUCGAUGCCGAAGAGUUUAAUCUACAUGGGCAUGGACAAGGCUCAAAUAGCACUUCUGAGAGAGAUCGCACAUCAAAUGUGCAAAGAAGCGGCAACUGAAAGAAAGGUGGUGAAGAGGUCCUCUUCCAUCAAGAAGUCUUCUUCACUAUGUCAAAGAUUAAGAUUUACAUCAACAAUGCUCGACUAGUGCUGCUGCUGGAAAAGUCCUCUUCCCGUUUGAAGCACAAGAGGCUCCUCUCAAAAGCACAGGGAUGACAAGCUGAAACCGUCCAUCUUACCGGCUCUUGUUCUCAUUUUUGCUUUCAAAAGUGCAAUUCUUUCCAUCGAGGCUUCCCAAGAAGAAAGAUCUAGUUUAAACUCUCAUGUUGGUGUACAUGCGGUACUCAAAAUUGUUGAAUGUAUCCAUUCUUGUUUAGCACAGCACUUAUUGCUCGUAUUGGAGAUUUGUAUCAAUUUGUAAGCACGAGACCUACAGAAAGGUCCACCAAAGCAAUUUUUUUUGUAAUAGAGUGCAUUCUGCAUGAUUUCGCUCGGUGCGCCCGCGAGAUGAAGGGAGGUGUAACAUUUUGCCUUUCAAGAUUUGGCCCGAAUUUGAUAUCGACUGUUGAUGGCCUUUAUUAACUAACCAUUAGCGGCUAGGAUUAAAUUGUUCAUUAACUGUCACGAAUCCUCUUUUUGUACUCUAAACUAAUAUUCUUAUUUA